CUCGGAUCAUAUGAACAGGUAUACUCUGACCUGCACUGAUUUACUUUCACAGUCUGCCUGUUGUCGGGGACACAGAGAAUUUGCCUGAGCCGUGUUAAAAUUCUCACAGGAGAAGGUAAGGAUGGAAGAGGCUGAGUUACUUAAGGAGAGACUGCAAGCCAUUACCAACAAGAGAAGGUUACAAGAAGAAAUUGCUCAAAAGCGGCUGAGAAUUGAAGAAGAGAAAUUAAAGGUGCAUCAUUUAAAGAAAAAAGCUCUGCGGGAAAAAUGGCUUUUGGAUGGAUUGAGUACGAUGACUCCAAAGGAACAAGAAGAGACUUUACGACAAAGUCAAGAAGACCAACGGCAGAUCAAUCACCUAGAACUCAGUAUUGUCAGACUUGAACAAGAAAUUGAGGACCUUGAAAAGAAGGAAGCACAGCUGUCCGCCAAAGAAGUUCGGGUGCUGCAGAGACUGAAAUCUGUGGAACGCACCACAGCGGACAUCAUAAAGGCAGUGAAAGCAGAAGUUCAAGAAGUUCAAGAAGAACCGGUACGCGAUAUUUAUGAUGGUAUACCUGACCUCCCAGUGUCUUAUAAACCCAAAUUUGUCAGGAGGAUUGAGAUGGUACAAGAAGAAAACGGAGAAGAGCCAAGAAAAGCAUUGUUUGCCAUGGAAAUCAAGGUUGAAAAAGACAUGAAGACUGGGAAAAGCACUGUAUUGUCAAGUAUCCCAGUCCCUUCUAGUGAGUUUAAAGACACAGGAGUGAAAGUUUAUGACGAUGGCAGGAAAUCUGUAUUUGCAUUGAGCAGUCAGGUGACACAAAAUGGAGUGGAUACCCUUGCUCCAGUUGAAGUAGAGGACCUUUUAAGAAAAGCUACAGAAAAGAGUUCACAGUCUCCCACUGAGUAUCAUCAGCCAGUAUUUUCAAAUCCCUUCAACAGUUCCACCACUCAAAAGGGCCAGAUUGAGCCAAGAAUAAAUGACCACAACUCAUUAUCUAGCGAGAGUCCUGGAAUUAUUCAUCAGAAUGGAAAACUCCCCACUGAAGCUGUAUCAUAUCCUAAAGUAACAAAAGAACCUCAAGAACAAGAAUUCUCACAGAGUCAACCUAGUUUCACGACGCAAAGCAUGGAACCCGUCCAAGAUAAUCUGGAACUCAAACUGAAGACGAAGGAGGACCUUCAGAGGUCAAAUGUUAUGAACUCUGGAGCAUACUCCAUGGGAGAUUUUUCUUCUGGACUGGAAGAUGAUAUUCACUACAAUGUUGUCCAAGCAACACCUUGUUAUGUUGAUGACUCUGAACCAGUCACUAUGAUUUUCAUGGGAUACAAAAAUGCAGAUGAUGCCGAAAACAAUCCAUUGCCAGACUACGAGGGGGUUAUCCGUGCUGAACUCGUUGUUAUUGAUGAUGAUGAAGAUGAUGGUCUGAAGAGGGAAGACAAAUCCUCUAACAGACAAACCUUUCACCCUGUAACCCAGCAAGCCCACAUUUCUAAGCCAGCUCCAGCACAUGAUGCCUCACUGAACAAUCAUCUAGCCUACAAGAAUUCAAUAUCCUUACAAGAACAAGAAGCAAGAUUAGGGCACCAUAAUUUCAACCUCCCUUCCAGUCAGAUAAUAGAUGAUGGUACUGAAGAUCCAUCACUAACAGCUUUGAGAAUUCGAAUGGCAAAACUUGGGAAAAAGGUCAUAUAGAAGCAUUGAUUCCGUAAGUAUGAAACGCUGUUUAUUGCAUGGACUUCCGAAUACUUCCAGGGUCAUCCUGGAAGCUUUUAGCUGGGAAGGCCAGUUCAGCUGGCUCAGAACUAUCGCAGCCCAUGGACUACCAAAUCUUAAACCCAAUGGCCGGCCCACUGCCCUGACGGAAAGCGAGUGAACAGAAAACACCUGCGGGACCCUCGCUGGAUCUACCUAUUGCUUCGGAACCGCUCGAAGACUUGGAUGUGUUGUGUCCUAGGUCCUUGUAAACCAGCAUAUAACAAAACUAGUGGCCAAAUCUUUAAAUCCUAGCAUACCCGGGUGCAGUGGCUACCUGCCCCUCUUUGCCGCCCUCACCUUUGUAUUCCUUUUCUAUGUGGUAAAUAAUGCUAAGCAAGUAAAUAUGGCCCUCGUGCAUUGAUACAAAGCACACAGAUUCAGUGCCUUGCCCCCUAUUCAUUUGCUGCAUAACAGUGAUUUAGCGUGUAGGAAAUAUAAAAAUCUUCUCAUUUGUAAUACGUUCUGAUUUUAUUUUUUAUUAGUAACAGUAACAGAAAGAUCGCACAGGCAAGAUCUUACUUGCAGAAACACAGCAGAAUGGAUUCUUUUAAAUAAUGAAAUUAUGUUGGCAAACUAGAUCUAAUAUUUACUGCGUAAUCGUGCUGCAUAAACAGUUUCAUAUUGUGUAACUUUAUUCAUAGAAUUUUAAAGCCUGUUCGUUGUUAGAA